AACUAAAACAACAGUUUCUUCCUUUUCGGCCUCUCGAUCAGACGAUUAGGGUUCGAACAAAAUUAGAAAAUAAAGACCCUUUCAAAACCCUAAAAUAAAAAAAUGGGCGGCAAAUGUCCAAGCAGGAAAGUAAAGAAGAGAAGAUACUCUCACAAAACAGCUCGCCGCUCCAAAUUCCUCGUCAAAGGUGACGAUAUGGUGUAUGAUGAGCUAAAAAAGCCUGAUUCAGAGAAAAAAUCGUUGCCUCUUGAUGAGGACUUGCCUGGCAUGGGUCAAUAUUAUUGUUUGCACUGCGACCGAUAUUUUGCUAAUGUGACUAUAAGGGAUGAUCAUUUUAAAUCCAAACGACACAAGAAGCGGAAAUUGUAUGUUUUUGGGCUUAAAGUUAGAGUCUGUAACACUUUGGCUGGGCACUAAGCGUGAAGCAAAUGUCGGGACCUGCGCCACAUACACAACUUGAUGCUGAUUUAGCUGCUGGCAUGGGUAUGCCGGAUAAUGGCCCUAAGCUUAUGUCACUGUCAAUAUGAGCUUUAUGUUUUUGUUUUGGUUUGGUUUUUUGUACGUCUACAUGAUAACUGAGUUGAGACUGGUCUUUGGAAAUCACUUGCGCUGUUAGAAUGGUCUCUGGAAAUCACUUGGCGCUGUAAGAGUAGUCCCUGUAGAAGCAGUAGUUGCUUGUGAGCUGGACAGUAAUGAUAAUUCAUGGUCUUAAUGGUUCACCAGGUGCUAUGUUUUGCAUUUUUUCUCCUUCUUGGUUGAUAUGUUCACUUCUGCAUAUUCUGAUUUCUGUGAACAUUUACUUGGUCUACUUACCAAAAUGUAAGCUGGUGCGUAACAUAUAUUUUAUAACGGAUCUUUCUCCACCAGCAAUUUCUUUCUUUUUGGUCUAAUGUAAGAAUGUUCCUCGGUUGGUUUACAUUAAGUUAUAUUAUAUCAUUAGUCGGACUCUGUGAGGAAUUGUAAUGAGGUUAUACAUUAAUAACUGCAAAUUUACUUUUC